CUUUCCAUUUUUCCAAUGCCAAGGAAUCUUGAUAUAGUGUUUUCGUUUGUAUAAAAGAAUAAAAAAAUAAUCACGUGUUGAGGGCAUAUGCAUUAUCGUGUAAUUAUUGGUUUAUUCAUCCACUGUCCCCACUCCACUUUUCAAAAGACUUUCCUCGCACCAUUCUUCUAUCCCAAAUUGACCCCAAAAUUUAUAGUUAGCAAAAGUAUCCUGAUCAUCCUGAAUUGUGAUUUUUCCGAUUGAUUAUCUCCAUGUCCAUCCAUGGAUCUUGUUAGCACAUCAUCAUCAUCAGCUCAACAAGCUUCGUCUUCCAGUAUUUCUCCUAGUCAAUUCACAUAUCAAGUGUUCUUGAGUUUCAGAGGCAAAAACACUCGCAAGAGUUUCACCGAUCAUCUCUACACAGCCCUGACCAAUGCAGGAAUCUGCACUUUCCUAGACGACGUUGAGCUCCCGGCCGGAGAAGAGAUCAAAUUAGAAUUAGAGAGAGCCAUCCAGCACUCGCGAUGUUCUGUAAUUGUGUUUUCAAAAAACUACGCGUCGUCCGGAUGGUGCCUGGACGAGCUUGUGACGAUCCUUCAAUGCAAGAAGAGCUCCAAUCAGUUCGUUUUACCGGUCUUCUACGACGUCAACCCAUCGCAUGUGAGGAAGCAGACGGGGAGUCUUGCAAAGGCGUUUAUCACACACCAAAAGAAUCAAACAAUGGAAAAGUUGAUUCGAUGGAAGGAAGCACUCACAGAAGUUGCGGCUCUAGCAGGCAUGGUGUUAAAGAAUCAAGCUGACGGGCACGAGUCAAAAUUUAUUGAGAAAAUUGUUAAGGUGAUUCAAGGCAAGUUAAGUCGAGUUCCCUUAUGUGUUCCCCCUUACCUGGUUGGAAUUGAUUCUCGAGUAAAAAGCAUCAAUUUAUGGUUACAGGAUGGAUCAUCCAAUAUUGGUAUAUUUGGAAUUUGUGGAAUUGGUGGUAUAGGAAAGACAACUAUUGCACAAAUUGUUUAUAAUUCAAAUUUUGAGAGAUUUGAAAGAAGCUGCUUUCUUGAAAAUAUCAGAGAGAUUUUAGAACGGCCAAAUGGCUUUGUUCAAAUACAGAAACAGCUUCUUUCGGAUAUUUUGAAUCGGAGAAAAGUGAAAAUAAGCAGUCCUAGUGAGGGAAUGAGUAAAAUUAAAGAUGCCAUACGCUCUAAAAAGGUUCUUCUUGUUCUCGAUGAUGUGGAUCACAAGGGCCUAGUUGAUGCAAUACUUGAGAUGAAAGGCUGCUUUUGUUCUGGAAGUAAAAUUAUAAUAACAACAAGGAAUGCAGGAUUGCUCAAGGGUUGUCGAGAUAUUAAGGUGCAUAAUGUUGAAACUUUGAACCAUAUUGAAUCAUCGGACCUCUUCAGGAGGCAUGCUUUUGGACACAACUGCCCUAUUGAAAGUUACGUGAAACUUUCAGACAGGGUAGUGCACCACUGUGAAGGACUUCCGUUAGCUCUCCAAACAUUGGGUUCUUCUCUCUCAGGGCAGACUAUAGAUGUAUGGGAAAGUGCAUUAAAGAAAUCCAAAACUAUACCAAACAGUGUAGUAAUGAGUAAACUGAGGACGAGCUUCAACUCUUUACAAGAUGACCAUGAUCAGAGUUUAUUCCUCCAUAUUGCAUGUUUUUUUAUCGGAAAGGACAAGGAUAUCAUUGUCAAAAUUCUAGAUGCAUGUGAUUUCUACACAACCGUUGGCAUUCAAAAUCUCAUUGAUAGAUAUCUGGUUACAAUUGAUGAAUGUAAUAAGGUGAAUAUGCAUCACAUGAUUUGUGACCUGGGGAGAGAAAUUGUUCGUCUGGAAUCAAAGGAUCCUGAGAAACGUAGUAGGCUAUGGCGUCACAAGGACUCUCUUAAUGUACUAAGAGAAAAGACUGGUUCAAAUGCAAUUGAAGGCCUUGUCCUGAACGUGCCUGUGAACCCUGCACUUGGUCCUUCAAGAAAUUCAGAUAUGGUGGUCUUGGAUACCAAUGCAUUUUCAAUGAUGAACAAGCUCAGAUUCCUUCAUCUUGGUCAUGUACAGCUCAAUGGAAGUUAUGAAAAGUUUCCUAAAGGAUUGAGAUGGUUGUGUUGGCGCGAAUGUCCUUUGAAUUUAAUACCGAGUGAUUUUCCUAUGGAGAUGAUGGUUGUUAUUGAAAUGUCCUGUAGUAGAUUGAGACAAGUGUGGAAGGGAGCAAAGUGUCUUCCAUCAUUGAAGAUCUUUGAUCUCAGCCAUUCCUCAAACCUUACUGAAACUGGUGACUUCUCAUUGGUCCAGAAUCUGGAGAGACUUACUCUUAAAGAUUGUAUCAGCUUAGUUGAUGUCCAUGAAUCCAUAGGAAAGCUAGAGAAACUUGUUUACUUGAAUUUGAAAGAUUGCAUAAAUUUCAUGAAGCUUCCAGAGAACAUUCAUAUGUUAAAAUCACUUGAAACACUUAUUAUAUCUGGUUGUUCAAAUCUUAGUGAGUUUCCAAUGGAGAUUAGAUACAUGGAAUCUCUUAAAGUGUUUCAAGCAUUUGGAGUUCCAAUAGAUCAGCUGAUCACUAUCCCUGGGCAGGUAAAUUCACGGCCAAGAUUAAGUGUACGUGAUUUUUGGGGCUCCUUUCCUGUCUCUCUUGUUGAUUUAAAUCUUGGAAACUGCAAUCUUUCUGAGGAUGCAUUUCCUAUUGAUUUUGCUGCAUUAGCUUCGUUGAAGAGUUUGGAUCUUAGAGGAAAUAAUUUUGUUACCUUGCCAAGUUCAAUCAGAAGCCUUUGUAACCUCGAGACUCUCGAUCUUCAAUCCUGUACACAUCUCAGGUUAAUUACAGGUCUACCACCAGUAAGAGAUCUGCUGAGCACAGACGGUUGUGUGUCCUUGGAAAAAAUAACAUUUCAAUCACUUCCGUGCAUACCAAAGAGAGUAUCCAUAUAUGGUGACUCCAAACUAGUUGAGAUUCAGCACUGGUACAAGUUAAAACCCAUUGGAACGGUUGAUGUAGAAAUGAUCAGGCUUUUGGGUUUGUCCAACUUGGAAUCCAUGGAACCCAUUCUGAUGCACACCCCAGAUGCAAACUCCCCAUCAGAAGGGGAGUCCAUGGAACCCAUUCGCAUCCAGGGACUGCAUGAAUAUGGUAUCUUCAGCACAUUCUUUCCGGGAAACGGAAAUGAGGUUCCAGGACAGUUCAGCCAUACAAGUAAAGGGUGUUCCUCAAUUUCUUUUCCUGUGCCUAUACUUCUUAAUCACAAGAUCCGAGGCUUCAACAUAUAUUCUGUGUAUGCACGGACGACAGAUGUUACUACUUUAUUGCCACCAUUAAUCAUUGAAGUCAAUAAUAAGAGCUCGGGUCUGAAGUGGAUCUAUGUGCCUUCAUGUUACGGCAUUCCAAGUGAUGGAAAAGACAUGAUAUGGUUAAGCCAUUGGAGUUUGGGGAACCAAUUCAAAGGUGGCGAUGUAGUCACUGUCUCAAUAUUUACGCCAGAUAAGUGGCUUCAGGUAAAAGAGUUCGGUGUCCAAGUGGUGCAUGAGGAAGAAGAGAAGAUGAGUAAGCAACAGAACAGCAGCAAUAGUAGAGAUCCUAGUUAUGGUGAUCCCGAUGCUUGUGGUGUUAAUGAGGUGAUUGGUAAUAGUGGUGGAGUUUUGUCAGAGUUAUAUCAGGUCAGGCCAGGGACAUACUUCCUCUGUGGUGGACCCUUUUUAGAAAAUAAUAGAUACACAUAUAACAGAUGGAAAAAGGAUCGUUGCCUCAGUGGCAUCAUAGGAGUGUAUGAUGAAGAAACAGAAGAAAGGAAACAGGGGGAUAGGACACUAGCAGCAACAGAUGAAGCUGAAGCAGAAAGAGGCAUCAAUAAAUUCUUUGGUUGCAAGAACCUUGUUAUCCAUGUGCUUAUGUCGUUGUUUGAGAUUUGUCAAAAUAUCUGCUGAUGGUAAGAACUUCCUCUGAGAUAAGUGACAUCAUUGGAGACUGGCAGGUCUGCUGUUACUGAUACAUUAGCAUUAGCAUCACAAAGUUUGUCAAUAUUCUAUGAAAUUUCUGGAGAGGGGCAGCCAUAACUUUUAUUGCCAGUCUGCAAGGUUGUAUUUGUCUAGUCACUUGCUUGCAUUAUGGCCACUGUCUUCUUUUCCUCUCUUUCUCUGGUCUCUUCCUCUUCUCUCUCCCACCGAAGGAUACGGCAGGGGCCUUGAAGGCCUGCAUGAAUUUGUUCUAUCAGAGAAACUGUUAUUCAACAUGGUCACAAGUCCAAUAUGUGGGUAUGUGGAUAUGUUGAUCCACUGACUACAGGAUCGCAUCCAAGUUUGAAUAGGAAAACAUCAUUGUGGGACAACCUAUACCAUUAAACAUUACAGAAGAAGGCAUAUAUACUCUGUGCUACUUGGCUGCAAAACCAGCUACAUUGGAGCCUGUAUAAUGAUGGAGUGUUGAAAGUACUUGCAGAGCUUCAGGGGGUUGUUGCUGGUGAUAUUAACAAGUUAUGCAGAUCAAUCCUGUUGCUUUCUCUGUAAGGUUAUUUUCAUUUUGUCCUUAUACUACCUCGUGGCGUUUGUACUCAAUGCAUGGCUCUGUCCUUAUAACCCAGGGUCUCCUCCAAUAUCAAUUGCUAGAGCCAUUUGGAAUUGAUAUCUGCAGGGACUGGAUGUCUGUUUUCAGUUAGCCCAGGUGCAAGGUGUGUAUGCAGACAUUCAUGUGCACCACCUUGGAGGUGAAAGUGCAGGGAGCAUGCUGAAGUGAAGCAUCCAAAGUGUGACGUGUAUGUCUGUUUCCCUCAUCUCAAGCCGUGAAGGAACAAAUAUCUGGAGAAGCAGUUACUGGAACAGACUAUUAUGAAUGUUAUUCCGCUCUAUGUAUAUCUUCUACAAUGAUUCUCCCGAGAGUUGUUCUAGAUCGAUAGCUAUUUUAAUUGUUCAUGUGUUGUGGGAGUGAUAUCUCCUUGUUUAACUUAAAGCUAGGUUUUAAUGAUCAUGACUAUUGGUAUUAAUCUUCAAAAAGCCAGUGUUUACAUGAAUUCAUGGUUUGGUUUCUCUAUUUUUUUCCUUUCUGCAUCUUUACAAUGGUGAUGGUUGUGUUUCUGGAGCCAUUGAAAGAUUCCACUCCAAGUCCAGAAAGUUUCAUUCUACAGAGUCUACGUACAUUGUUAGGAGAGUAUCAGCCAUGUAUGGUGUUGCAGCUUCUUCAUUAACAGUGGUUGGAUGACAAGGAUUACUAGACUGUAGGCUGCAGCAGUAUUUUUACCUGAUUAAAUUUUGAAAGGGAGUGUACAAGGACAAUACAUGAGGGUUGGAGACCUUGGAGUCAAAACAGUGUGAUUCCAGUCCCGUGCAGUUAUCACUUCGAUCAUUAAGUACUUUGCAUACUAUGUUCAAUUCCAAAGUUUCUAGUACUCCAGGGGAUAUGGGCGGGGGCAUUUGCUUCUCAAGCUCUUCUCUAUCAAAAUGGCAUUCAGAUUGGCUGUAACUCGUGGCUAACCUAAUCCUCUACCAUGUUCAUAUCCGUGCCGACCUCCAGUACACCUGAAUAAAUUGUCAACAUAAUCACAAGAAAUGGAAGCUGUGCAAUUCUCAUCAUUUUGCUAUAUGCAGCUGCAUCUUGGAUUCAUUUGUCUUGGUGUAUUUUAGUCACCUUCCUUCUGUCAUGGGACCGUUGAUCCCUGUUGCUACAACAUUUCUUCCUUGUCAAGGAGAUCAAUAGAUGCAUGUAGUGAUGUAGAGACUGUAUGCCAUCAUCUAGUUUCCAUCUUUGCUUGUUUUUUGGUC